CUCCGCGUCUUGUUGCUGCCAAACCAGUUGGCAGGCUCAAGGUGUGAUUGAAUUGAUUAGAAAACAUUUUGAACUCAGGUGAUGCCUUCGUUUUAAGAGAUCCCUGCGUUAAACUGACGUGGAUGUGACCAAAUCUUCUGGAGUGUUUUUUUUUAUUUAUUUUUUUGACUGGCGCACCUUCUUCGACCUCAGACUUUGUGGUUUUUAGUUUUUCCUUCUUUCUUUUUUUUCCUGCGUAAUUUCAGCUAGUUCUGUCUGGUGCAUCAUGCCAAACAGGAGCAGCAGCUGGUCUGGUAGACGCACGGCACCGUGCAGGAGUUUGUGAAACUUUAAAACGCAACUUAGACAGCUGAUCGCCUUCGCCUCUGUGUCAGGUCUCCCAACCUGACUUCCUCCCUCUCCACCGGGCUGCAGAACAACCUCUCCAGGAUGGUCCGCCUGCGCGCACCGGGACCUGCGGGCGCCUGGAAAGCAGCGCUUGUCCUGCUCAACAUCAUCUCCGCUGUUGUGGCGAAGAGACACGUGGUUUACUGGAACUCUACGAACACAAGGUUAACAGCAGGAGAUCUGACCGUCCAGUUGAAUCUCAAUGAUUACCUGGACAUCUACUGCCCCCACUAUCCCGACUCCAGGACUCCGGUUCCAGAGCAGCCAGAGACCCUGGUCCUCUACCUGGUGGAGAAGGAGGCUUUCAAAGGCUGCGUCGAGACCAAAAAGGCGGUCAAGAGGUGGGAGUGCAACACCCCGUUUGCUCCGUUUGGACCCGUCCGCUUCUCUGAAAAGAUCCAAAGGUUCACCCCGUUCUCGCUGGGCUUUGAGUUUCUGCCAGGGAGACACUACUACUACAGCUCUCUGCCGACAGAUGAAGGCCCUCCUCUGCCAUGUAUGAAGAUGCGUGUCACAGUGUGCUGCGAGCACACAUCAGAGGGUUCAAAACAAAUACAAGAAACGAAAGCUCGCAGCAGCGUUGUCCCACUCAGGACCGCUUCCCUUCCACUCCUCAUCUCCAUCCUCCUCCCGCUGGUCACCUGACUCGUCCGUCCUCACGUUGGGCCUGCACUGCAAGAGGGAGCCGUCUCCCAUCUCUCAGACAUUUAAAGAAAGAGCGAAAAAUGUGCCAACGGACAACAAAUCGCAAAAAUGCAAUCUCUGCCAGCGUAAGCUAAUGACAUUAAUCACUGUGUGGUUGAAAAUGACUCAGGGAAAGGAUGUGGAAACGCAGCGCAGCAUUUCUUGCUGUUUUCAUUCCCUACCUGUUGCCUGUUGGGACACAUAACGUUUCCCAGUUGGGACUCGUCAUGAAGCUCCAUCUCAGUUUGACGACAGAAAAACAAUGAGAGAAUCAGGACCUUCAUUGAAGUUAGUUUUUUUAAUAUGUUUUAGGUCUAUUUUUUUCUACUAUCUUGUGUUUACUUCCUUUUGAGUAGCAGCCCCUAGUUUAAAAAGUGGCCAAAAUAAACGUACUACUGUAAGCAGUGGCUCAGGUUGGAAGUUUUCCGUUUCUUCUCUGAUCUUCUCGUCAUGGACACCGACUCUAAUGCUCAUUUAUAUUCACUGCAGCAGAAAUCUGUUCUACUUUAAUCUCCAACAAGAGUCAUUUUGAAAGGGGAAAGGGCAACUCAUGUGGAAGAGUGAGACUGGGCUCCUGCGCCCCCUGCUGGGAUCAAUCUGGGUUUUACUGGUUGAACUGGGUUGGACACAGAGGAAGAAACGAGAUGCCAGACUGAGGUUCUGUUUGGUACUAACAGGACCCGGGAGUUGGUUCCCUGAGACCGACCAGCCCAGCGUCUUCCUCUAAUGUGUUUUCACCCUCCUUCCUGCUUCGGAAACCAAGUGAAAAACGUGGAUUUCUGCGUGAACGGACUGACGUCGGAAACACGAACGGUGUGCACAUCUGAGCUUUUUUUCAUUUUAUCCUCGUCGUCAUGUUAUUUUUGACUUGAUGUGUGGGUAGAUGACAGAAUAACAUACCAGGCAUAUUUAUAAAUAUGUUGGGCCUAUAUAAAUCAAUUGUUUACUACAGUAACAAUCAGUUUGUAUUACUUAAUUGCAAAAAUAACACAACAAUGGCUUCUGUGUGAGCAGACUACUUAUUUUCACAGAUUACUGGUACAUUGUUUUAUGUGCUUUGUUAAAUUAGAGUCUGUCAAGUUAAGCAAUUUGAAUUUGUAUUCACCGUUGAACAAUUUGGCAGGAACACUCAAUGAAUAGCUAAACUUAGGGUCCCUAUAUUUUUACACUGAAAUUAGUGAAAACAAAGUUUAUUACUGUUCCUUAGUAGCUAACUAUAUAUUUAUAAAGUUACAUAAUCACCUCCCUUCAUUGUUGGAUUGGCUUAUUGUCAGAAAAUGUAAACAUUACUUGUGAAUUUUAUUCUUGCUUUAAAAACAAUUGUUAGCACUUACUGUUUUCCUUUCUUUUUUAAGGUGAAAUUCACUGAUUUCUAAUUAAGUAUUUUAUACUUUAAACAUAUUGGGUGUCAAAAUACUAUUCCUUUUUUGUCUGACUUAUAUUUCCAAAAAAAAAUUGUUUCUAAAGAUUGGUUUCUCUUUUCUACAGUUUGUGUUUUACAGUCAUGUUAAUGGUAGGAUUUAUGGAUUUUUUUUUAUUUUUUUUAAAUUGAGUUUCUUCUUUCACAUUUUAGUGAAAGAUGUAGCUUCUUCUGUGAAGAGCCAACUGCAAUCUGAGCCAUUUUCUGUGGCAGGACAACAAAUAAAUACGGUUGCAUUCAAAAAGCUC